GCCAGCUUUGUGAACAGCCUGCAUCUGUAAACGUCAUCUACUGUUACCUACGAAGUAGUUCACUUGAUCUAAUCCUCGCUCCUGUUUACUGAGCUCAGUGGGCUAAGCGACCAUGAAGCUAUCAGCUUGGUAGUCUUCCUCAAGCGACACACGUUUAUGUUUAUGAGGUUUAAGCUUAACUAGGUAACAGAACAGUCUCAGCCCAGCUCAUUCACGGUUAGUUAUUACAUUUAGGUCGGGUGAGAAUGAGACGUCUGCUGAGCUUGGUCACUAAAGCGCCCAAAGCAGUCCGGGCCAUGCUGCACGCCGUGUCCCCGCUUACUUUAAAAACAUCGUCUGUUCUGCUGUGCACCUCGUCCUUCCAGGGGGACAGCACUUGCAACGGGACGCACAGCAACAAAAAGGCGCUGCUGUCCGACCCUCAGAUGUUUGAAGCCCAGUUUGACGAGCUGGUGACGGAGCUGACAGAGAGGGACCUCGCUGACCCGGUGCUGGCUGAUGCUCUGAGCAGGUUUAAAGAGGUAUUGGUGUACAAUUCCCCUGGAGGCAAGAGGAACCGGGGGCUGUCAGUGAUUGCGUCACUGAGGGAUCUUCUCGCUCCCACUCAGCUCACACAGGACACAGUGCGGCGGGCUCUGUUGGUUGGCUGGUGCAUUGAGUUGCUUCAGGGAUUUUUUCUGGUGGCAGAUGACAUCAUGGAUGGAUCUGUGACUCGGAGAGGACAGCCCUGCUGGUACAAGAAGGAUGGAAUCGGUCUGGAUGCCAUCAAUGAUUCAUUUCUCUUAGAGGCUGCCAUCUACAGACUGCUUCGGAGACAUUGCAGGGAUCAGCCGUACUACGUCCACCUACUGGAGCUAUUUACUGAGACAUCUUUCCAGACGGAGCUCGGCCAAGCUCUGGACCUCAUGACAUCCACCCCUGGUCAGAUUGACCUCAACAGAUUCUCCCUGGAGAGGUAUAAAGCUAUUGUAAAAUACAAGACUGCAUUUUACUCUUUUUACCUCCCAGUGGCAGCUGCAAUGUAUAUUGCAGGAAUUGAGAGUGAAGAGGAACACAAUAAUGCCAAACUAAUCUUACUUGAGAUGGGAGAGUUCUUUCAAAUACAGGAUGACUACUUGGACUGUUACGGAGACCCUGCUGUGACAGGAAAGAUUGGCACAGACAUCCAGGAUAACAAAUGUAGCUGGCUGGUGGUGACGGCGCUGGAAACCAUGACACCUGAACAAAGAGCAGAGCUGAAGGCAUGUUAUGGGCGCCAUGAUGAUGCCUGUGUAGAAAAGGUCAAAGCACUGUACAACACCCUACAAAUGCCAACGCUGUACCAAAAAUAUGAGGAAGAAAGCUACCAGCGGUUGCAGAAACUCAUUGCUAGUCACGCUCAAAACCUUCCUCACUCAAUCUUCCUCAACUUCGCCAAGAAAAUCUACAAGAGGAACAAGUGAGAAGGAAUGAUGGUCACAGUAUCAGGUGCUUUAGCCUGGUUCCCUAUUUACUUUUACCUCCUUAACUUUGCAGUGGUUUGUAGAUAUUUGGUUGUAAAUGUCAUCAAACAGCCUGCCUCUUUUACCCCAUACUACAUUAUUUAACCCAGUUCAUAAUGUACAGUGUCUCCAGUUGUUUUUCAACUUGGAGUUCAAGUACUCCAUGGUUCGAAGAAUGACACUGAAAUAAUAAACACAAAUAAAAUCCGGUUGUUGAAAUUGCUAUAAUUUUGUAGAAAUAGAUUUAAUAAUUGUUUAGAAUCUAAAAGGAGCAUAUAUGACAUCAGAUGUAUCCUGACAGCGGACAGAGGGUCAAACUUAAUCAGUGUUCUAAUUCUAUAUAUUUUUAUAUUGCUGCUGUAAAGUCUGUUCUGCCCUGAAUGUUAGUGCUUUUAAUAAAUAAAGUAUG